AUGCCACCCCCGACUCAACACAAGCGCAUGACGGCAAACCCGCUCAAGCCAGCGCGGUAUCGCGCCGGCAAACCUCCGGGACCCGAAUCCGAAUCAGAAUCCGAGGCCAGCGGCUCCGAGCAAGAAGAAGAACAGAAGGCCGCCAAGACGGCGCCUCCACGAAGGACGGCGCCGCCGCCCAAGUUUGCCAGCGCCGCCGGGCCCGGGCGGAUAAUCAGCCGUGGGGACAACGCCAAGAUCAACCUGAAUGGUGUCGUCGCGGGCGAAGAUGAAAACGCACGGCGGCGGGAAGCUGCGAGGAUGGCGAGGAUUGAGGCUGAGAAGCGGGCUAAGGAGGAGGGUUUUGUGACAGAGGACGAGGACGAGGAGGAGAGUGUUGAGGAGGAGGGGGAGAGCAGUGAAGAGGAGGAAGAAAGUGAUGAGGAAGAGGAAGAGGCGCCUCGGCGGCUGAUGCUCCGGCCAAAGUUCAUACCUAAAAGUCAAAGGGCGGGGAGUAUCGCGGGGGUGAAGAAGGAGGAUGCUGCGACGCCCGAGGUUAAGACGGAAGAGGACCAAGAAGCAGCAGCAGAGGAAGCCCGUCGCAAGGCGGCCGACGAGCUGGUUGAGGAGCAGAUCAAGAAAGACCUAGCAGCGCGCGCGGCGGGGAAGAAGCACUGGGACGACGCAACCGACUCGGAAAACGAAGUCGACGACACGGACGACAUCGACCCGGAGGCCGAGUACGCGGCGUGGAAGCUGCGCGAGCUGAAGCGGCUGCGGCGCGAGCGCGACGCCAUCGAGGCCAAGGAGAAGGAGCUGGCCGAGAUUGAGCGGCGGCGCAACCUGACCGAGGAAGAGCGGCGCGCCGAGGACGAGGCGCACCUUGCGCAGCAGCGCGAGGAGAAGGAAAGCCGCGGCAAAAUGGGCUACAUGCAAAAGUACUUCCACAAGGGUGCCUUUUAUCACGACGAGAGCAAGGCGGCGGGGUUGGAUAAGCGGGAUAUCAUGGGCGCGAGGUUCGCAGACGAUGUCAAGAACCGCGAGCUUCUGCCCAAGGCGCUGCAGCUGAGGGACAUGACCAAGCUUGGCAAGAAGGGCGCGACAAAGUACAGAGAUCUCAAGACUGAAGAUACCGGCCAGUGGGGGCGGUUGGAUGACGGUCGGCAGCGGCGUGACUUUGACCGGUUUGCGGACGAGCGGUUCCAGCCGGAUGAUCGCCGUCGCGAUCGGGACAGGGCGGGCGACGGCGGGGUCAAGGGUGCGAAUGCUAUCCCGUUGGGCGAGCGGAGGGACAAGCAUCGGAGUGAAGACCGGUAUCGAGACAGGGGUUUCGAACGGGAUCGGGAAGGGGACAGCGACAGGUAUCGAGAUCAGAAGCGCAGGCGCCGAGAUGACGACGAUGGCCGCGACUCCUCCCGGUGGCGGAACGACAGCCGAGACAGGGGGCGGGCAUCUCAGUCUCGGUCACGGUCUCCUAGGCGCGACCGGGACAAUCGACGGAAACGAUCACCAUCCCGAGAACGGGACUGGGAUCGGCACGAGAGCGAUAAACGGCGCAGAGUUGAGACGAGAUAG